CCCGCCGGGUGUGUGUGCGGCACAUAGAUUGUGUAUCUGUAAUUUACUGUAAUUUUAAUAGUAAACAAUGUGUUUUAUAAAUUAUUUAAUUGUUCAAUAGCUAAAUAAUAUUAAACUCUACUCCAAUGUCAUAAUUUAGGAGUUUUUAUACACUUUUUAUAUUGAUGUGAGGUUCUCGUGCUUUGUCUUCGUGUGUGACAAUAUACUCAAAAUGGCGCAUCAACUAGCACCGUCUGUAAAUUGUUCACUAGACGACAUUGACCUCGGUGCAUUAAAGGAUCCAGCUGGUAUAUUUGAGCUUAUUGAAGUUGUGGGAAAUGGCACCUAUGGCCAAGUGUACAAGGGCCGCCACACAAAGACAGGUCAACUUGCUGCCAUCAAGGUAAUGGAUGUCACACAAGAUGAAGAAGAAGAGAUAAAGCUUGAGAUCAAUGUAUUAAAAAAAUACUCUAACCACCGUAACAUUGCCACAUAUUAUGGAGCAUUUAUUAAGAAAACACCUUCAGGAAAAGAUGACCAGCUGUGGUUGGUUAUGGAAUAUUGUGGUGCUGGUUCUGUGACUGAUUUAGUUAAAUCGACUAAGGGGCAAUCACUUAAAGAAGAAUGGAUCUCAUACAUCUGCAGGGAAAUUUUGAGAGGUUUGAGCUAUUUGCACUCAAACAAAGUGAUCCACAGAGAUAUUAAAGGACAGAAUGUCUUACUCACUGAUAAUGCUGAAGUGAAACUCGUGGACUUCGGUGUGUCAGCACAACUAGACAGAACUAUCGGUAGGAGGAACACAUUCAUUGGAACUCCGUAUUGGAUGGCGCCAGAAGUUAUUGCAUGCGAUGAGAACCCUGACGCAACGUAUGACAAUCGCUCUGACCUCUGGUCUCUUGGUAUCACUGCACUCGAGAUGGCUGAAAGUCAACCACCUCUCUGUGACCUUCAUCCUAUGCGAGCACUUUUCCUUAUUCCGAGGAAUCCACCACCGCGAUUAAAAUCUAAGAAGUGGGCUAAGAAGUUCCACAGUUUCAUUGAAACUGUUCUGGUAAAAGAUUAUCAUCAACGACCCUACACUGAACAACUUCUGAAGCAUUCCUUCAUAAGGGAUCAACCAACAGAGAGGCAGGUGAGAAUACAGCUCAAGGAUCAUAUAGAUAGGUGUAAAAAGAGAAAGCAGGACAGCUCAGUGAGGGAAGAGUACAAAUAUUCCGGAUCAGAGGGUGAGGAAGAGGACAAUGCGGUGGCAGGAGAGCCAUCAUCCAUUGUUCAUAAUGCUGCAGCUCACCAGACCAGUGAUACUUUACGACGAAACUUCCAACAGAUUCAAGAAGGAAGUUCGGGACCCGAUGCUCAGCCACAGCCACCCCCUAAACGUAAUAGUAAGCGUGAAGAACGCGAGGAAAUUCCAGAGCCUGGGCCGCCAGCAAGGCCAUCCAUUCCACAAAGACUGAUUGUUGUGCCGGACCCACAGGCACAGCAGCUUAAUAAAUAUAGGCCUCUGCCUCCCACUCCCAAGUCUUCAGGCUCAUCUAACAGCUCGGGCUCCAACAACGGCACGCCGCCCGCCAGCGGCCCUCAGCCCCCGCAGCGCGGCUCACAUCACAUGUUCAAACCUAUGCGUCCACUGAGGAGACCAGAGGACUUGGACAAGCUAGCGGCGGAACUGAACGAGCUCGGCGUGGUGUCCGGCAACGAACCGCCGAACCGACCGCCUCGAGCGCCUACCAAUGGACAGGGGCCACCAAUAGAGAGGAAUGCUGCGGAGCCUCCAUUCGAUGACUCGGACAGUGAUUCCGAUGCCGAAGAGAGCGGAGGUCGAGUGCGCAAUGACGGCACCCUGCUGGCCAGCGAUCCACCAAAGCCACUGCCGGGUCUGGCGGCGGUGUCGGAGGAUGGCGCGGCGUCGGGCGGUGCGCCCACGCGCCCUCUGCCGCCCACGCCCGACGACGACGACGCCCACCCUGACCGCACGCUCGUCAUGAAGCGGAAGGAGAUUGCUGAAACCGAUAAAAGGCAAUCCGACGUCGACGAAGCGGUUCUACUAAAGGACUGGGACUUUGCUAGAUUUUUCCCUUCCAAAGCCUCAGACAAGGAUGAGAAAAAGGAUCCGACUAAGGAAAGUGAGCAGAAGCGUGCCCAACUGCAACGCCAAUCCAGAAUCGAAUCCGAGGACGCCUGGGUGAAGUACAAAGCUAUAGCGACUCCGCCGUCACGGCACAAGCAAAUGUUCCAUAAGCCCAUAGAGAAAACGCCCCAAGAGAAACUCGUGGACAUGCUUAAGUAUAAAAAGGAACAAGAGUCGGAGCUGAACUCUACGAACAGAUUCUUCAGAGGGUUUAGAAGGGAGAACUCCGAUCUAUUUCCUCUACCGAGCACUCGCCACUCCGCUAUAUACUUUCCAAAGCACGAAAGCCCAGCAGGAGUGAACAAGCAGCGCUCCAGCGGAAUAUUCAAUCACUCGCGAAAGCAAAUCACGAAACCGGCUUCCUCGGGCGAGCCGAUACUGACAGACUUCAUAAAAAUGAACGAUAGUUUAAGGAAAUCUUCCCAAGUGGAGUCCAAAAAGAUAACAAAUCGAAAAACAUCCGCUAAUAAUCCAAUUGAGGCGUUGAAAAAUGUAGCCGUCCUUAUCAGACAGGACAGCGAGAAUAACGGAACUAGCCGCCAGAGCAGCGUGAACAGCGACUCACCGGCGACUAGUAUCUGCUUCAGUAGCAGCACGUCCUUCGAGAAAGGCACGCUUGAUCUCACAGCCGACACAUUUGAAAACAAAUCACUGGGCAAGGACUCGAACAAUGUUGUGAAACCUCGAAGGGAAAAGACGGAAUCGGACAUUGUGUUCAGAAGGAACUGCCACUAUAACCGGCAAACUGACGUAUCAAACUGUGGGCAGGAAGCGGUACUCGCGCAGGAUCAGGGCCGUUCGAGUGGUGCUAACGAAGGUAGUGGUUCCCGAACUAGUUCCGUUCUUCCGGAUUUGCUCAGUCAAGCCGGACAGCCCACUACCCCGCCUCGCCAUGACAAAUCCACCAGCGAAGAGUACAGACAGGCGAUUGCCGGCGGCACGCCCGCCCCCCACCACCACCACCAUCCCCUUCCCUCCUCGGUGCAGUCCACGCCCUCCAAGUCCUUCGUGGCGGGGGCCUCCCCGCACCCCCACCCGCUGCAGCAUUCCCCCUCUAACUCAUCGGUGGGGUCGCAGCAGCAAUUCCUUCCGUUGCAACAGAAGCAGCGUUCGUUCCUGACGUUCGGCUUCGGCGCCGGCUCGACUGGCAGCGGCACCGGCGGCUCGGGCAACGCGUCGCGCCGCGAGAGCCACGUCAACGUCAACGUCACGCCCACCGGACACGACCUGUCCUCCGACACGCCCGAGAUACGCAAGUACAAGAAGCGCUUCAACUCGGAAAUACUCUGCGCCGCACUCUGGGGAGUGAAUUUGCUUAUUGGAACUGAAAAUGGACUAAUGUUACUUGAUCGGUCCGGUCAAGGAAAAGUGUAUCAACUCAUCUCACGACGCCGCUUCCAACAGAUGGAAGUGUUAGAGGGACAAAACAUUCUUGUGACUGUAUCUGGAAAGAAGAAUAGAGUACGAGUGUACUAUCUUAGUUGGCUUAAGUCUAAAAUCUUGCGUACGGACGGUCUCAGCGAUCAAGUUGAGAGGAGAAACGGCUGGAUCAAUGUCGGAGAGCUGCAAGGCGCAGUACAUUUUAGGAUCGUGAAAUAUGAACGGAUCAAGUUCUUGGUGAUCGCUCUCAAGGAUUCCAUUGAGAUUUACGCAUGGGCACCAAAACCGUAUCACAAGUUUAUGGCAUUUAAAAGUUUUGGUGACUUGCAACACAGACCUUUGCUAGUUGAUCUGACAAUUGAGGAAGGCACAAGACUGAAAGUGAUCUACGGCUCGGCGGAUGGCUUCCACGCCGUUGAUCUUGACACUGCCAGUGUUUACGAUAUUUAUAUCCCUAAGCAUACACAGGGAGCUAUAAUUCCGCAUUGCAUUGUACCACUUCCGAAUUCCAAUGGCGUGCAAUUAUUACUUUGCUAUGAUAAUGAAGGAGUGUAUGUUAACACUAAUGGACGAAUUAGCAAAAAUAUAGUUUUGCAGUGGGGUGAAAUGCCAACUUCAGUGGCGUACAUCGGUACAGGCCAAAUAAUGGGUUGGGGCAAUAAAGCGAUAGAGAUCCGCUCCGUCGAAAGUGGACACCUGGACGGCGUGUUUAUGCACAAAAAAGCACAACGACUUAAAUUUCUUUGCGAACGCAAUGACAAGGUUUUCUUCUCUUCCGCUAAAGGCGGUUCUUCCUGUCAGAUAUAUUUCAUGACGCUGAACAAGCCGGGAAUGGCCAACUGGUAGAGGAUAUGUUGCAAAGCGUCAGCCGCCACACUCUGUGAUGUACCACAGGCCUGACUGAGCGCGCCACCGCCCAGUCAGCACAACAAAACACAUGCGCUUUGGCCAUUCUCAUUUCAAAGACUUGUGAUAAUGACAGAUUUAUAUGUGCUCAAAAGACAAUCCACAAAAUUACAACUGACAUUUGAGGACAUUAUCAUAUGUGGCAUUUUGUACUGAAUAAUGUAAUUUCAAUACACAAGCUACUGAAUAUAUAUUAUUAAGCAAUAACCUAUAGGAUAAAUGUUUUGAUAUUGACAAUUAUUCGUAAGUAAGUUAAUACUGCUUAGUUUUUAUUUUGCAGUUGUUUAUUUCUAAAGGAAAAAUGUAAUUCAAAUCAAUCUAUCGAUACAUAUUAUGCCAUAUUGUUUACUGUUUAAGUUAGUUGGGUGAUGAUUUAAGUAAUUGGUUUUAAUUAUAUGUUUAAUAAGAAAUUUUAACAAAGAUUUCAGCCAUGGCUAACAAAGUAAUUAUUUACUUUCCAAUCAAUAGAUUACAAUUUAGAAGCUGUAAAUUGUUCUACUUGCUAUGGGAAUGUUUUUCUUCACAAAUCGGCACUUAGUCAAGUCACUGUGUAUCAUAAUUCUUACACCAAUACUGCAAUAAUUUUUUAUGAAUGGAUGAAUCCUAAAAUUUGGUACUAUUUAUUAUUUAUUUGUUAUGUACUAUAUUAUUUACAUGUAUAAAGAUGUAACUGUGCAUAUUGAAAAUUAUAUAUUUGAUGACUUUUUAUUUGAAAAUACCUUAGCCCAAUAAAAGAAAUAAUGAAAA